AUGAGGUGGAUACUGUUCUUUGGGGCCCUUAUUGGGACCAGCAUCUGUGGCCGACAAAAAUUUUGGGGGGACCAAGUUUUUCGGAUUAACGUCAGAAAUGGAGAUGAGAUCAGCAAACUGAGUCAGCUUGUGCAUUCAGACAACUUAAAGCUCAAUGUCUGGAAAUCUCCCUCUACCUUCAGUCGGCCUGUGGAUAUCCUGGUCCCAUCUAUCAGUCUACAGCCAGUCAGAGCCUUCCUGAUGUCCCAGGGCCUGGAGUACUCAGUGACAAUUGAAGACCUGCAGGGCCUUUUAGAUAAUGAAGAUGAAGAAAUGCGACACAAUGAAGGGCAAGAAAGAAGUGAUAAUAACUUCAACUAUGGGGCUUACCAUUCUCUGGAAGCUAUUUACCACGAGAUGGACAGCAUUGCCACGGAUUUUCCUGACCUGGCAAGCAGAGUGAAGAUUGGACAUUCAUUUGAAAACCGGCCAAUAUAUGUACUGAAGUUCAGCACUGGGGAAGGCAAGAGGCCAGCCAUCUGGCUGAACGCGGGCAUUCAUUCCCGAGAGUGGAUCUCCCAGGCCACGGCACUCUGGACGGCGAGGAAGAUUGUAUCUGAUUACCAGAAGGAUCCAGCUAUCACCUCCAUCUUGGAGAAAAUGGAUAUUUUCUUGUUGCCUGUGGCCAAUCCUGAUGGAUAUGUGUACACUCAAACUCACAAUCGAUUAUGGAGGAAGACACGGUCCCUAAAUCCUGGAAGCCCCUGCAUUGGCACAGACCCAAAUAGAAAUUGGAAUGCUAGUUUUGCAGGAAAGGGAGCCAGUGACAACCCUUGCUCUGAAGUAUACCACGGACCCUACCCCAAUUCAGAAGUGGAGGUGAAAUCGGUGGUAGAUUUCAUCCAAAAACAUGGGAAUUUCAAAUGCUUCAUCGACCUGCACAGCUACUCACAGCUGCUGAUGUACCCAUAUGGGUACACGGUCAAGCAGGCCCCAGACGCCGAGGAGCUAGACACAGUGGCCAGGCAUGCGGCCAAGGCUCUGGCUUCUCUGUCGGGCACUGAGUACCAAGUGGGUCCCACCUGCACCACUGUCUAUCCAGCCAGUGGGAGUAGCAUUGACUGGGCUUAUGACAGUGGCAUCAAGUACGCAUUCACGUUUGAGCUGAGAGAUACGGGGCACUAUGGCUUCCUCCUGCCAGCCAACCAGAUCAUCCCCACUGCGGAGGAGACCUGGCUGGGGCUGAGGACCAUCAUGGAGCACGUGCGGGACCACCCCUACUAGGCGAGGACCCCACUCUAUCCACCUUUGUUUGUACCAUAUGUGUGUGCAUACCGGGGCCACAAAGGGGUGCAUUCCUUCCCCAGUGAGUCAGAACCCUCUGGGUUUGCAG